AUGACCGGGAUGGCCUCUCCGGAGAAGGCAAAUAGCUCAAAGAAGAAAAGUGAGAGGAAAGGUAUAUUAAAGGAGGAGUACAGACAGCUAUCCGGAAUCAUGGCUGUAAUGAAUAAUCUGAGGAAGCAAGGGACCCUCUGUGAUGUUACUCUGCUGGUGCAGGGGAAACACUUUCCUGCUCACAGAGUGGUGCUGGCUGCUGCUAGUCACUUCUUCAGUCUUAUGUUUACCACUAGAAUGAUGGAGUCCAUGUCUCAUGAAGUGGAACUGAGGAGUGCAGAGCCAGAAAUCAUUGAUCUACUGCUGGAGUUCAUCUACACUGCCAGGAUCUCAGUGAACAGCACUAACGUCCAGUCGUUGUUGGAUGCAGCCAACCAAUAUCAGAUUGAGCCAGUGAAGAAAAUGUGUGUAGAGUUUCUUAAAGGACAGAUAGAUGCUACAAAUUGCCUCGGUAUUUCAGCAUUAGCUGACUGUAUGGACUGCCCAGAGUUACAGUUAGCUGCUGAGGAUUUCUUUCAGCUCCAUUUCACAGAAGUUUAUAAACUUGAUGAGUUUCUGCAACUCGAUGUAAAACGACUCACUUACCUACUCCACCAGGACAAGCUCACGGUCCGAUCAGAGGCCCAGAUUUAUGAUGCUGCAGUGCGCUGGCUCAAGUAUGACGUGUGUAACAGAGAGCAGUAUAUGGUGGAGGUGCUGGGAUGUGUUCGAUUUCCUUUGGUCUCUAAAACCUUCCUGUCAAAGACUGUACAGGCUGAACCACUUAUUCAGGACAACCCUCAGUGUCUAAAGAUGAUUAUCAGUGGAAUGUGCUAUCACCUCCUGUCUCUUGAAGAUCGUGAGGAUUUGGGAGAAAGUAGUCGUCCUCGGCGCAAGAAACAUGAUUACCGCAUUGCUUUGUUUGGUGGAUCCCAGCCCCAGUCCUGUCGCUACUUCAACCCAAAGGAGUCAGCCUGGACAGAUAUACGCUGUCCCUUCGAGAAGCGCAGAGAUGCAACAGCUGUAUUUUGGGACAAUGUUGUAUAUAUUUUGGGUGGCUCACAACUCUUUCCAAUAAAACGAAUGGACUGUUACAAUGUAUUGAAAGACAGCUGGUACUCAAAACUUGGACCACCCACACCUCGUGACAGCCUUGCUGCUUGUGCUGCCCAAGGAAAGAUCUAUACUUCUGGUGGUUCAGAAGUUGGGAGUUCUGCUCUAGAUCUUUUUGAGUGCUACGACACAAGGACUGAAUCAUGGCAGGUAAAGCCCAGUAUGCUGAUGGCACGGUGUGGCCAUGGCUCAGUGGAAGCAAACGGACACAUUUACGUCUGUGGUGGAACUUUGGGCAACAAUGUGUCUGGCAGAGUCCUCAAUAAUUGUGAAGUCUUUGACCCAAGCACACAGCAAUGGAGAGAACUGUGUGGCAUGAGAGAGGCCAGGAAAAACCAUGGGUUGGUUGUAGUUAAUAACCGGAUCUAUGCUGUUGGAGGGCAAGGAGCAAUAGGUGGACUAGACUCUGUAGAAUACUAUGACAUCACAAGUAAUGAAUGGCGCCCAGCCACAUCUAUGCCGUGGAGAGGCAUCACUGUUAAGUGCGCUGCUGUGGGCGAGGUUAUCUACGUGCUGGCAGGAUUCCAGGGAGUUGGGCGUCUUGGACAUGUGCUUGAGUACCACACAGAUACGGACAGGUGGGUAACGUGCAGCAAGGUGCGUGCAUUUCCUGUGACGAGCUGUUUGAUCUGUGUGGUGGACACGUGUGGCGUGAAUGAAGACGAGGACAUGGACAUCAUUGACCCACAAACACACACGUCUGCAGCAGCCGCUUCAAUACCAUCAACAUCCUCAUGA